AUGCGCUGCUUUCGCAAUGUCGGGCGCCAGGCCUCCAGCUCCCUAAUCUCAACCGCAAGUCCGCAGCUAGCCAGCCCAGUACGAUGCUUUACACAAUCCGCUCUGCGGCCCCCACCUAACCAACCCAAACGCGGCAUCGACGACAACCCGCCUGCACCUCGACCCAGCAGCCAGAAAGACAACUAUCGCCGGCUUACCGCUAAAUACAACCCUCGGAAACACUCCCGUCGACCAGGGAUAGAUGAUUCUAUCCGGCCGUUCCAUAGCAACCCUACGGAGAACAAGGGCCAGCAACAGCAACCAGCCCAGCCGCAACCCCCACAGCCACUGUCACAACCACAGGAACAGGAGCAGGAACAGGAACAAGAUCAACAAGCACCGCAGCCGCCGCAACAGCAACAGGGACAGCCCGAGUCGGAACAACAACAACAAGAACAACAACAACAACCACAUCCCAACGCCCAACCGAGAAGGCUGGCAAAAGAGAGACGCACUCCCGUCAGCGAGCUCAGCGCCGUCCAGCAAGCGCUUGCAGCUACCCCAGAAGAAGAAAUCCCACCCAUCGACCCCUUCGAAGUACUCUUCUACAAGCGGAAGGUAUCGAUUCCGGUCCAGUUUCGCGGGCCGCAGAUGCAAGACGGCGGCGAGCGCAUCGUGAGCAUCCAACACGCGCAAUCCGAAUCCGGAGACUUGGCUGAAGCAACAGCCGGGGGAGAUGGGGAAGCGGCCAAUAAUGGCGGGGUGGGGGCCGUCGGCAACAACAUCAAUGACAUUCUGGAAACCCUGGCAAAGAGAGACGAAGACUUAAUCGUCCGCGAGAAACGGCUCUUAAAAGCGGAAAGGAGGGUUGAGACGAGAUGGGAGCUCGUGAAGGAGUCGAUGGCUGUGUUCAAUACUAGGGUGGACCACGUAAUCAAGCUGUGUGAUAAGUUACUGGAGGACCAAGGGAAAAAGCCUGAGGAUACAUUGCCUGGCGAGGACAUCAUGGAGAUGCAAGUUGAUAAAAAGGAGGAAGCGGAAGCCGAGAUGCCGGGUGUGCAACAGCCCACUACAGAACAAGUUAAGACUGCAAGAGAAGCACGGGCGAGGAAAUUAAAGGUGGAACUAAAAAGGCACGCUGGAGGGGAGGGUAUCAAUGCAAAGGCCCUUGAUUGA